GAUACUAGAUACUUCAGGUCAGUGAGACAUCGCCCAGAUUUGCUGCUAAAACUCUGAACUGCCAAAAAGUCGCGUGUUUUUGUUUACGGUGCAUUGCGUCUUCUCACAUCCUCCAUUCUGUAAAAAGCGAGCAGCACUCACAGCACGCUCUUUAGUUUGGUCAGGCUAUUCUGUGGUCACAAUCACCCAAAUCACCACAGCCACAGUUUUCCUGUAAAAGAUUCCACUUCAAAGGAAGCUGGCGCUCUCUUUCCACUGAAAGCAGGGCCGCUCCCGCAGCUCCGAUGGACCCGGGCCAACUUCGAUUACAUGCCAACCCACGUGACUAAUUACGAGUCAGAUGAGGGCAUACAGUGUCAUGAUCACACAGGAGAGUAUAGGUGGACGGACAGUUGGGCCAUAUGGGCGUCUGAGAUUUGGACACAUGUUAGAGUUUGUGAAGAAGGAGGCCAGCCAAAAAAUAAUAACAAAUAAUCAGAGCUCACACUGGGAGCUCUGGGAGCGCCAGGCCCACGGAUCCCGCCAAACCUGGACAGUGGUUGUUGCGGUCAGAGCUGCCAGCCGCCAUGUUUUGCACGGCCAAGCCCCCCGGCUCCGUUUCGCCGGCCAAGAGGCAGAUCAAGGAGGUCAAGGAGACCAAGAUCACUAUAAACUGCGUGACUUUUCCUCUGCCUGGAGAAGGUCCGGAGCAGCAGCUCCUCAAGCCCGACGAAUGGAGCUACUGCGAUUACUUCUGGGCCGACAGGAAAGACCCCCAGGGCACCACGUCGGUGACGGGCUUCGAGGUUCUCCUGCAGAAGCAGCUGAAGGGCAAACAGCUGCAGAAGGAGAUGGCCGAGUUUAUCCACGAGAGGAUAAAGAUUGAGGAGGAAUAUGCCAAGAACCUCUCCAAGCUGUCUCUCAGCCCCCUGGCAGCGCAGGAGGAAGGGACUCUUGGAGAAGCGUGGACUCAGCUUAAGAAGAGUCUCCAUGAUGAGGCUGAAGUUCACCUCAAGUUCUCCAACAAGCUCCACACGGAGGUAGAGAAGCCCUUGCUGACCUUCAGGGGUGACAACUUCAAGAAGGACCUGAAGAAGUACGACCAUCACAUCGCCGACCUCAGGAAGCAGCUGGCCAGCCGCUACGCCAGCGUGGAGAAGGCACGUAAAGCUCUGGCAGACAGGCAGAAGGAUCUGGAGGUGAAGACCCAGCAGCUGGAGAUUAAACUCAGCAAUAAGACAGAGGAGGACAUAAAGAAGGCCCGGAGGAAAUCCACACAAGCAGGAGAUGACCUGAUGCGCUGUGUGGACCUCUACAACCAAACCCAGUCCAAGUGGUUUGAAGAAAUGGUGACAACCAGCAUGGAGCUGGAGAAACUGGAGGUGGAGCGGAUCGAGUGGAUUCAGCAGCAUCUACGACAGUAUACGACCCUACGGCAUGAAACAGACAUGUUCAACCAGAGUAUGGUUGAGCCCGUCGACCAGCUGCUGCAGAAUGUGGAUCCAGCCAAAGACAGAGAGCUGUGGGUGAAGGAGAACAAAACCGGUGAUGUUCGGCCUGUGGAUAUGGACAUAUAGCUCGUCCUGGCCUGACCUGGGAUCAGCUGUCCUGUCUUCAGUAUUAAAACACACCCACAGAAUCCGGGAACACUUGAUGACACUGAUCCGGGGACGGUGCAUGUUCAGACCCCUGAGGUCUGCUCAUCCUCUCUCUGAGUGGAACAGUGAGGAGGAAAACGGUCCAGCUAACAGUAACGGACCCAAGUACCAGCAUGUUCCUUCUAAAUUUAAACCCCAUCAUAAUCCACAUUAGCUUACUGAAUGCCAUUUAACAUAUUCUGCUGUUUACCUGUUGUAAAGUUGAGAUUAUUAAAAAAAUGUAUGUAUUUUGAAUUGUUCAGUUAAGCGUCAGCCAACACUUUUCCAGUCUGAGUAAACCAAACAAAAAAAAAAGGUCUGAUUAUUGAUAUUAUUUUGGAUACUUAAGCAUACUGAGAUCUUGGAAUGAUAUAUUUUCAUAAUUUGCUGGUCCAUUUUGGUGGAAAUGCAUGUUUUGAAUAUAUUGCUUUCACUGUACGUGGAGAGCUGCACACUCUGUGGAACCAUGAUGGUUGUUUCGGUGUAGUUUAUUGAAGUUAAACAAGGUAUUCUCUAUCUUGUCCAUAAUUUUGGAGCUUUUUCCCACUUAAAAAAAAGGAAAGUGUACAGCAUAAAUAUCCAGAAACCUCAACAUUUCCAAGCAUUUUGCAAUCGGGAUUUGAUUACACUCAGCACAAGUCCCAAGACGGAGUCCCAAGAUUUAGGCCAGGGUCUAUUUUGGAUCAGCGCGGAGGAGGAAAAGGUGGUCCAAAUUACACUGAAACACCUUUUAGUGCCUAACGGUUAUAUACCUGGAAUGUCCUUGAUUUAUUCUUCUCUGCAUCGGUGUACAUUUGUACAUACUGGCUCGAUGUUUGCACUGUUCAGCGUCAUCUGUUUCACUUUUUUGGUAAAUGCACAGAGAAGAUCUUUAAGGGUCGACAUGCAGCGGGAAGUGCAAAGUGAUAGAGAUAUCAGAGACUGCAUGUAGACUACGUGUCCGUGUUUACAUAUAUGUGUUUGUCUGUCGCUGUCUUUACAUUUUGUUGUUUGUUUUGGAAUAAUUUUUCUUUUCUAUGUUCCCAGAAGGACAAAGUUAAAUAAUAAAGAUUUUAAUCCAGCUGCCAGGCACUCAAAAAAGUUGUGAAAAAGUAAAGAAAUGCUUAGCUGCCUUAUGAAAAACACUGACCAUUCGUUCCCUGCAGCACAUUCAGACUUUGCUUUGACCCCCCCCGAACAGCUUCUGUAGGUUUGAAAUAGUGUCUUUGUUGUAGAGGUUUUUAUCAGUGUGUCUCAAUGUUGUGCACUAAGUGUGACGAGUUAUUAUGUUCCAACUAAAUGUUCUUGACCAGAAUCCACGAUGACAUAACGGUUGAGUUAACUGCCCUUCUGUGGUGACUGUUUUCAUUAACGUGAGUUUAAUCCGAUUUUCCCGAUGUUUUUAAGAAUGUUGGAUCACAGGUGACCUCUGUCCCGACAGUGUAGUGAGGAAUGCAGUGUCCAAAAUAAAUCUCCUCUUUGAAAAUUGAAUGCCACAGCGUGUUGUUAUGUAACUCUGCCAGGGGGGGCUGGGGGUUUAGAAACAGGCAGUUACAUCUGCAAGAUGUUUCAUUUAAGAUCUGAUUGAUGUGAAUAAAAAAAUUAAAACUCAUAAA